CGGAUAAAAGAAAAAUAAAUUUUACUGCCCUUUUCUCGUCACUUAUCGCCAGAAAAAUGGACAAUUCGGGAAAGGAGAAGGAGGCAAUUCAGCUUAUGGCAGAAGCCGAUAAGAAAGUGAAGUCUUCCGGCUCGUUUUUAGCAGGAAUGUUUGGGGGAAAUCACAAAGUGGAAGAGGCUUGUGAGAUGUAUGCCAGAGCAGCCAACAUGUUCAAAAUGGCCAAAAACUGGAGUGCUGCAGGGAAUGCCUUCUGUCAGGCAGCCAGACUUCACAUGCAGCUACAGAAUAAACACGAUUCAGCCACCAGCUAUGUCGAUGCCGGAAACGCUUUCAAGAAGGCCGAUCCACAGGAGGCUAUCAAGUGCUUAAACGCAGCCAUUGAUAUUUACACAGACAUGGGGAGAUUCACCAUCGCAGCCAAGCAUCAUAUCACAAUCGCAGAGGUGUACGAGUCAGAACUUGUGGACAUUGAGAAGGCGAUUGCACAUUAUGAACAAGCUGCCGACUAUUACAAAGGAGAAGAAUCGAACAGCUCUGCAAACAAGUGUCUGUUAAAGGUGGCUUCAUACAGUGCUCAGUUAGAACAGUACCAUAAGGCAAUAGAGAUUUAUGAGCAGGUUGGAACCAACACCAUGGAUAAUCCUCUACUGAAAUACAGCGCCAAAGAAUACUUUUUCAAAGCUUCCUUGUGUCACUUUAUCGUGGAUGAGCUCAACGCAAAGCUCGCUGUUGGAAAGUAUGAGGAGAUGUUUCCAGCCUUCUCAGACUCAAGAGAGUGCAAACUCUUGAAGAAACUUCUAGAGGCCCAUGAGGAACAGAACGCAGAAGCGUUUACAGAAGCAGUAAAGGAGUUUGAUUCCAUCUCUCGCUUGGACCAGUGGCUGACCACUAUGCUUCUGCGGAUCAAGAAGACCGUUCAAGGGGAAGAGGGUGACCUGAAAUGAUCUGGACAGUGGGGAGACCACCCACUGCAUGGCACCCUCCUCCUCCCAUUUCCAUUUCACAGCAGUUUUGUGCAAUGGUCAAGUCCAGGUCUCCCAAGACAGUAUGUCAAAAUGUAUUGCGGCAACAUUUUCAGACAAUAUUUAAGCCUGUACUCUGUUGAUAUCCAGUUACUAUAUAAUAUAGCACAUAUCGAAAUUUAGCACUCCAGUUCAAAGAUCUCUUUUGGUUCGGAACCUCGAAACCUCAGUUUUCCUGUCACUUUUGGAGGACGUCUCUGGAAACUGAGUGAAUAGGUUCAGCAGAGUGAAUUACAAGGAUAGUCCUUGGUUUCUUUUGCAAUAGCCACUGAAUUGCAAUGUGCUAGAGCUGCAUGAGAUGUACAGAUGUAAUUAUUGAGUCAGUGCUGCAGAGUUAUAUAUAUUAUUUAGACAUACAAAUUUAAGGUAUUUUUAUUUGUGCAAUUUUGUAAUUUGUUAGUCAGAUACAGUAGUUGGCACAUAGGCCUCAAAAAUUCAACCAUCUACAACAGGAAUUGAACAUGUCUCAUUUUCAUUAUUAUGUAAUAACGCUAGUUGACAUUUAUGCAGGGGCCGCCAGCACUAUUGAUAUGUGCUGGAGAACUUCAAUUUCCCAGAUCUAACAUUUUGAAAUGGAAUUUAAAUUCUUACAGAAAUCUGAAAUGUAAUUUUUUAUUGCGCGUAUACUUAAAGCAAAUAAGUAUCCUCAUUUUAUUUAUUUUGCGACGUUGGUUUCUUACAUUUUUAUUUAUUUAUUGUCUGAAUUAUUAUUAUAAAAAUUCAUUUAUGGAUUUUUACACUAUUGAAGUAAAUGACUUUUCCAUCUGCACUGAAAUUGAGGAAAUGUUAAAAUCCAUGUUUAACCUUCUAUUAACAUGCUUUAUAUGUGUGUAGUGUUAUAUAUGCGUAGCUCAUAUACACUUUCUACUUCAUUGGUCUUUAACAGCGCAUGUCAUUCACUGUGUUUUAAGUGUUGUGUGAUUGUCCGUAUUUUAGCAAUUUUUAAGAAGCCAUGAAAACUUACCAAACGAUGUACUUUCCCACAGAGCAACUCAUGUCUUUGCUGAAUAUCUGUGAGAAUGUACACAAAUAAAAAUCAAUAUUGAAAUGGCUUCACGAUUCAUGAUCUUGAGACCAUUAUAUUGGUUUAAAUCUAGUUAGCCGUAGCAUUAAAAUUUGACAUGUAAUUCAUUACGUUAGUGAUACGGUCAUGUCAAUAAUGAUGUGCGUCUUUUGUGUGCUAUUAAGUUCCUAAAUUAUCAGACUUGUCAGGCAAAUGAUAAAACAGGCAACAAGUACUUCAGAUAUACCGAUGUUUUUUAACCGAUAUUUAUUUAUACGUUCUGCUAGUCAGUUAUCGGUUUUUAUAAUAUCUAGCGGUCAAUGGCGCCAUCUGGUGGGUGUGUAAACCACAGCACAUCAUACGCAAUUACUGCGCAUUCAACAGGAAGCAGCGGUGUUCACAGGCAAAGAAACUUUUAAUGUUAACCAAGUUAAUAUACUGUUACAUUUACGUCAUAUUCUGCAUUAAUCACCUAUGUAAUCACAACUCUGGAAACAGUGUAGCCUAAUAUAUCCGUGAUAAGAAAAAGCGUUUUGACUAAGCCCACAAGACCAGACAAGGAAAUAACUGUUGACAUGACAAAUAUGGUUCUAAAACUGCUUUUGUGUUAUGUGAGAACUUGGAAGAAUGUCGAUGCUGUCCUUUUGUGACGUCCAUGAAGGCAUUUUGCUGCUGGAUUGGCUGCAGGUGCGGGACAAAAGGCGGUCUCUGUCAGGAAGUAUUUUGGCUAGUUAGCUGAGAAAAAUAUUAGUACGUUCUGAUAUAUUCUUACAAUAACAUGCCUAAACAGCUGGACUUAGUGAUUGUGGCAAUGUAUUUAGUUUUUACUUUUUUUUUUUUGAAUUUAUGAUUAGCAGCACAUUUUCUUCAGAAAAGGUAAAAGAUUGUUUUUCAGUUAGGCCUACAUCUAAAAGGAAGUGAUAAUGGUUAACACAAAAUACAUUUUAUAUUUAUUAAUCUGUGAUUUUUAAGUGAGCUGUUAUUGCAAAACAAUAUAGCCUACAUACACCAAUCAGCCACAACAUUAAGACCACCUGCCUAAUAUUGUGUAGGUCCCCCUCGUGCCGCCAAAACAGCGACAACCCGCAUCUCGGAAUAGCAUUCUGAGAUGAUAUCUUCUCACCACAGUUGUACAGAGUGGUUAUCUGAGUUACCGUAGACUUUGUCAGUUUGAACCAGUCUGGCCAUUCUCUGUUGACCUCUCUCAUCAGCAAGGCGUUUCCGUCCGCAGAACUGCCGCUUACUGGAUGUUUUUUGUUUUUGGCAUCAUUCUGAGUAAACUCUAGAGACUGUUGUGUGUGAAAAUCCCAGGAGAUCAGCAGUUACAGAAAUACUCAAACCAGCCCGUCUGACACCAACAAUCAUCCAUACGAUUAUCUAAUCAGCCAACAGUGUGGCAGCAGUGCAGUAAAUCAUGCAGAUACAGGCCAGGAGCUUAGGUUAAUGUUCACAUCAACCAUCAGAAUGGGGAAAAGAUUUGAUCUCAGUGAUUUGGACCAUGGCAUGAUUGAUGGUGCCCCCACAGUGAGCCUAGUUUCUCCAAAGGUUAUUUUUCUCCAUUAACCAACAUCUUAUGGAGUUUUGUGUUCUUUGCACCAGUCGCCUUCGGCUUGCUCACUGGGGUUCUAAAUACAAUUAUGAUUUAAUUAUUUAUUUUUAUACACAAUUUACAAUCAUAUUUAAUCAAACUACACAAUGAUGACUCGAAGACUUCAUAGAUAUUACAGUUUUCACUUUCUGUUAAUGCAUGAUUUUCUGUAAAGCUGCUUUGAAAUGAUGUGUGUUGUGAAAAGCGCUAUACAAAUAAAAAUGACGACUUGAAUUACUGUGAAAUACAUUAUAAACAACAAAAAGCAAAUAAUUUAUGGUUUAUGAGGGAACUUUCCUAUCCUUUGAACAAAACUUAAGCACAAGCUAAGGAAAUUGUUGCCUAUAUGAUAUUGUAAAACAAA